UACCGAGUCCUAAAUGAUUCCUAUACCAAUGUGAAGGUGAAGUUAGCGGGCUGCCGAAUGCAUAAACGCUUUGUAAAAUUAAAACAGUAAUAAACAACAGAAUAAAGCAAGGUGUGCGAUCAUUUACGCCACAAGCUAGCAGUAGUUAGUUUCUUUUAACGUGGCUAAAGAAACCCAAGUCACACACAAGUGGAUGCGUCCGAUUACUCGAGUUCAGGCGCUCAGCGCGCGGGGGUCUGUGGCACGCUCCUUUGUCAUUAUUGAUGCAAAACCCGACAAACCAAGAAAAGCAGACAGUCUUUACAUUUUCAGUUCAGUUCGCACUGUUCGCCCAGCUAACACACUUUCGAUCUACAUACAUGUGUGUUGCACAUUGUAUCGAUUGCUGGCUAAUUGAUCGCUGUGGUCGUUACACUGCCGCUCACGAUGGCCGGCUGAAUGGCACCAGUUUACAACCGCGCGCAGACUUCGCUUUACUGCUAGUUGUAAGACAAACGUCUUGUUUGUUACGUUCUCCGUGUAGCAAAGACGCGUGUUCAUGUCAAAACACAGCAAAUUUCAGACGGCUCUUUGUUCAAGACCACCGCGGAGGUCCACAAUAACAUGGGCGUUUCUGCCACUUCUGCAUCAAGCAGAAGUGAAUGCCUCCGCGCGACGUAGCACAACUUCAAGCUCGAGACACCAAAGUGGGUCUCCUCCAGUCGGUGCGCAUGUUCAUUUUGAAAAGACUGUAAAGAUGACGAUAAAACUAAUCAGGGACCAUGGACAGCAUUAUCGACCUCGAAUGGCCUGUCUGAAGAAGGUAGAGGCCUUGGUCAUAGAGAUGCAGGACCCAAAGUCUGGCGUGAAGUCGUUUGAACAGAAACGGAAUGCCACCUCAAUUCCACAUGUGAUUGCUGGUCAGGACAUCACUGCAUGGAUUACCAGUCAUAUGACGGUGGACGCUCAAGAGGCUCAGGCUCUUGGCACCAUGCUGGUGGCAUAUGGGUUUAUCUACCCACUGCAAGACCCCAAAACGCUCAUCCUCAGGCCAGACGGCAGUCUCUAUCGCUGUCAGACUCCUUACUUCUGGCCGGCUCAGAAGUGGAAGGCACAGGACACCGAUUAUGCAAUUUACCUGGCAAAGAGGAACAUUCGGAAGAAGGGGAUUCUGGAUCAGUAUGAGCAGGAACGCUACAGAAAGCUUCACAAAUGGCUCAACCACAAAUGGGACUUCAUUGUGAACCAAGCCAAAGAACAGACCAGGGCAGGGAAGGCAAGGAUGAAGUCAGACCGUGUGGUGUUCAGUUAUCAGGAGAGGGCCUACUGGAUUGUGCACCGACCUCCUCCUCAAACUCACAGUGCCAUGGACUAUGGAGUGGAUCGUCUCAUUGAUCCUAACGCAGAAGAGGAAAAGAACUCUUAUUACUACAGAAGAAUUAUCAUCUUCAGGCAGCAAGCAAUCAUGAGGUCAAAGGUCAAAUCCACCGUGUCCCUUGGAGCCCUUGUGAAGCACACGAUGACCUAUCAGAGCCAUGACCCCUUUCUCACCCCCUGUCUCCCUAGUAACCCCUGGCAGACGGACGAUGAUACAUACUGGGCCCUGAACAUGCCAGAUGUUGACCUUCCCACUAAGAUGACAGUGGAGCGCUGGUCCUACGGCUUUUACGAGCUACUUAGAGACCCGCGCGGCCGCGCCGACUUCAGACUCUUCCUGAAGAAGGAAUUCAGCGGUGAAAACCUGGCUUUCUGGGAGGCAGCAGAGGAGCUGAAAUGGGGAGCAGCAUCAGCCAUAUCUGAAAAGGCAGAGACUAUUUUUAAGACAUUCUUAGCCCCCGGAGCACCGUGCUGGAUCAACAUUGACGGCAGGACGAUGGGGCUGACGGUGAAGGGACUACAGCAUCCGCACCGCCACGUACUGGAUGCUGCUCAGAACCACAUCUUCAUGCUGAUGAAGAAGGAUACUUUUUAUCGGUAUCUCAAGUCACCCGUUUAUAAGGAUAUACAGAAAAAGGCAAUCUCACCUGCACCACACAACUUCACUGACGCUCAGCUGGAACAGAACGCUCGCAACCGCAAGCCUGGGCUCUACCCCUCCGUUACCUGGCAACGGCAGCAGAAGGAGAAGGUUAGGACCACCACCCUCAUCGACAUCAAGAAGCUGAUGGCCAACAAAUUGGACCGCCAGUGACAGGGGUGGAAGUGCAGAGGUCCACGCGGGGGUCUUGUUGGAGACGCUCAGAUAUCUACCGCGUGUUUAUCCGAAUGUUUAUGUAGCGAAAACUGUUUGAGAUUGUCAUGUAAACCAUGUGUAAACAGUAUAAACAUAACUGAGCUGAUUUAGUCCCAGUUCUGCAGUGUUUGUCAUGUCUUAGAAUGGCAUACUAUAUAUACACAGUCAUAAGGGAGAAUUAUAUUGAUUAUAUGUCAAGUACACUGUGCAUUUUAAAAUGGAUGUUGUUUAUUUAAUUCAUGUGAUGCAUACAUUAGUUUGUGUUUAUGGGUACAUUCAACCACUAAAUGUACAAUGUAUUUAGUGUGUCCUGGGUAGGUUGCAGAUGGUAAUAGCAUUUUUUACUUUUACUAUAAUUACUAUAAUUAUUAUAAAGCAUUACUGCAGUAUUACUAUAAUUAUUAUAAAGCAUUACUGUAGUAUUGCUAUAUAAUUUAGUGUUACUGUAGUAUUACUAUAUUAUUAUAAAGCAUUACUGUAGUAUUACUAUAUAAUUAU